AGUAACGUCUUCAACAUCAGUGGAUGCUGCAGGGGACUCAACCGUGAGCACAGGUGCUGGCCUGGCCUUCUCCAAGGACCCUGCUGGUUCACACACCCUGCCCGCACAGCAGGGGGCUGGCUUGGGCUGGCAGGGUGCUUGCCUGGGGAGGCUGGCGAGUUUGUUUUUGACUCGAUGAGCCUAGACCAGAGUCCUGGGUGCUCUACUCAGGGAGAAGAAUGACCAUCAGAUGAGAAGCUGGCUUGUAUGGGAAGCUGUGUACCAUUUUCAGGAAGCGUAGAAGCUCAUUUGGGUGAUUUCCUGGGGUCACUUGGCCAGAGCACAGCCUUUCAUCUUACCCAGUUAGCAGUUUGCUGUCUUAAUUAUUGGGGAGAUGUGUGUGAUUGCUGGUGUAUCCUCAUGUCCUGCUCCCUAAUUAUGACUUCCUUUAAGAUUUUACACUGAUAAGGCACUUUAAAGUUCUUCAGAGCCUUUUCCCUAUAUUAUAUCUUAUUUUAUUCUCAAACCCAUUCUUUUAAAUAGAUGGGAUAAUUUUUUCAUUUUUUAUCUUUAUUUUGGAACAUCCUUUUUCCCCCUGCAUAAUACCUGAGCCUUGUCCCACCCUUGCCAAAUAAUCCCAGAGAAAUGGGAAGUCCUCUCUAUCCUAUCCUAGAGGUCUGACAUAACAAUUAAAUGUAUAUAUUCCCAGACAGACUUUUCUUUUUUCUUUUUUUUUUUGAAAACCACUAACUUUAUGAUCUAAAAAACUUUACAAGGACAGUGACUGUUCUGCCAAAAAAGGAGCCAAAUGGUAUCAAAUGGACUGAAAGUGAGGGUGGGGGUGAGGGAUGGGGCCAGGAAUCCAUGCAGGAAAGCUGAUAACUGUCACCAGGGAAUUGGCAAGGGAAAAAGGAAGGGGGAGGCAUGCAAGAGCAAGAAUCCAAAAAAGUUGAAACGGUUAGGGGAGAAAACUCCCAAAAGACCCUGGAGUACGUCGGAGACAUUCACGGCAUGGUGUAACUCCCACCUCCGGAAGGCGGGGACACAGAUCGAGAACAUCGAAGAGGACUUCCGGGAUGGCCUGAAGCUCAUGCUGCUGCUGGAGGUCAUCUCAGGUGAACGCUUGGCCAAGCCAGAGCGAGGCAAGAUGAGGGUGCACAAGAUCUCCAACGUCAACAAGGCCCUGGAUUUCAUAGCCAGCAAAGGCGUCAAACUGGUGUCCAUCGGAGCCGAAGAAAUCGUGGAUGGGAAUGUGAAGAUGACCCUGGGCAUGAUCUGGACCAUCAUCCUGCGCUUUGCCAUCCAGGACAUCUCCGUGGAAGAGACUUCAGCCAAGGAAGGUCUGCUCCUGUGGUGUCAGAGAAAGACAGCUCCUUACAAAAACGUCAACAUCCAGAACUUCCACAUAAGCUGGAAGGACGGCCUCGGCUUCUGUGCCUUGAUCCACCGACACCGGCCCGAGCUGAUUGACUACGGGAAGCUGCGGAAGGAUGAUCCACUCACAAAUCUGAAUACGGCUUUUGACGUGGCAGAGAAGUACCUGGACAUCCCCAAGAUGCUGGAUGCCGAAGACAUCGUUGGAACUGCCCGACCGGAUGAGAAAGCCAUCAUGACUUACGUGUCUAGCUUCUACCACGCCUUCUCUGGAGCCCAGAAGGCGGAGACAGCAGCCAAUCGCAUCUGCAAGGUGUUGGCCGUCAACCAGGAGAACGAGCAGCUUAUGGAAGACUACGAGAAGCUGGCCAGUGAUCUGUUGGAGUGGAUCCGCCGCACAAUCCCGUGGCUGGAGAACCGGGUGCCCGAGAACACCAUGCAUGCCAUGCAGCAGAAGCUGGAGGACUUCCGGGACUACCGGCGCCUGCACAAGCCGCCCAAGGUGCAGGAGAAGUGCCAGCUGGAGAUCAACUUCAACACGCUGCAGACCAAGCUGCGGCUCAGCAACCGGCCCGCCUUCAUGCCCUCCGAGGGCAGGAUGGUCUCGGACAUCAACAAUGCCUGGGGCUGCCUGGAGCAGGUGGAGAAGGGCUAUGAGGAGUGGUUGCUGAACGAGAUCCGGAGGCUGGAGCGACUGGACCACCUGGCAGAGAAGUUCCGGCAGAAGGCCUCCAUCCACGAGGCCUGGACUGAUGGCAAAGAGGCCAUGCUGCGACAGAAGGACUAUGAGACUGCCACCCUCUCGGAGAUCAAGGCCCUGCUCAAGAAGCAUGAGGCCUUCGAGAGUGAUCUGGCUGCCCACCAGGACCGUGUGGAGCAGAUUGCCGCCAUCGCACAGGAGCUCAAUGAGCUGGACUAUUAUGACUCACCCAGUGUCAACGCCCGUUGCCAAAAGAUCUGUGACCAGUGGGACAAUCUGGGGGCCCUAACUCAGAAGCGAAGGGAAGCUCUGGAGCGGACCGAGAAACUGCUGGAGACCAUUGACCAGCUGUACUUGGAGUAUGCCAAGCGGGCUGCACCCUUCAACAACUGGAUGGAGGGGGCCAUGGAGGACCUGCAGGACACCUUCAUUGUGCACACCAUUGAGGAGAUCCAGGGACUGACCACGGCCCAUGAGCAGUUCAAGGCCACCCUCCCUGAUGCCGACAAGGAGCGCCUGGCCAUCCUGGGCAUCCACAACGAGGUGUCCAAGAUUGUCCAGACCUACCACGUCAAUAUGGCAGGCACCAACCCCUACACAACCAUCACGCCUCAGGAGAUCAAUGGCAAAUGGGACCACGUGCGGCAGCUGGUGCCUCGGAGGGACCAAGCUCUGACGGAGGAGCAUGCCCGGCAACAGCACAAUGAGAGGCUGCGCAAACAGUUUGGGGCCCAGGCCAAUGUCAUCGGGCCCUGGAUCCAGACCAAGAUGGAGGAGAUCGGGAGGAUCUCCAUUGAGAUGCACGGGACCCUGGAGGACCAGCUCAGCCACCUGCGGCAGUAUGAGAAGAGCAUCGUCAACUACAAGCCAAAGAUUGAUCAGCUGGAGGGCGACCACCAGCUCAUCCAGGAGGCGCUCAUCUUCGACAACAAGCACACCAACUACACCAUGGAGCACAUCCGUGUGGGCUGGGAGCAGCUGCUCACCACCAUCGCCAGGACCAUCAAUGAGGUGGAGAACCAGAUCCUGACCCGGGAUGCCAAGGGCAUUAGCCAGGAGCAGAUGAAUGAGUUCCGGGCCUCCUUCAAUCACUUUGACCGGGAUCACUCCGGCACACUGGGUCCCGAGGAGUUCAAAGCCUGCCUCAUCAGCUUGGGUUAUGAUAUUGGCAACGACCCCCAGGGAGAAGCAGAAUUUGCCCGCAUCAUGAGCAUUGUGGACCCCAACCGCCUGGGGGUAGUGACAUUCCAGGCCUUCAUUGACUUCAUGUCCCGCGAGACAGCCGACACAGAUACAGCAGACCAAGUCAUGGCUUCCUUCAAGAUCCUGGCCGGGGACAAGAACUACAUUACCAUGGACGAGCUGCGCCGCGAGCUGCCGCCCGACCAGGCUGAGUACUGCAUCGCGCGGAUGGCCCCCUACACCGGCCCCGACUCCGUGCCAGGUGCUCUGGACUACAUGUCCUUCUCCACGGCGCUGUAUGGCGAGAGUGACCUCUAAUCCAUCCCGCCCGGCCGCCGUCGUCUUGUGCGCCGUGCCCUGCCUUGCACCUCCGCCGUCGCCCAUCUCCUGCCUGGGUUCGGUUUCAGCUCCCAGCCUCCACCCGGGUGAGCUGGGGCCCACGUGGCAUCGAGCCUCCCUGCCCGCGAAGUGACAGUUUACAAAAUUAUUUUCUGCAAAAAAGAAAAAAAAAGUUACGUUAAAAACCAAAAAACUACAUAUUUUAUUAUAGAAAAAGUAUUUUUUUCUCCACCAGACAAAUGGAAAAAAAGAGGAAAGAUUAACUAUUUGCGCCGAAAUGUCUUGUUUUGUUGUGACAUAGGAAAAUAACCAAGCACAAAGUUAUAUGCCAUCCUUUUUACUGAUUUUUUUUUUUCUUCUAUCUGUUCUAUCUGCUGUAUUCAUUUCUCCAAUCUCAUGUCCACUUUGGUGUGGGAGUCGGGGUAGGGGGUACUCUUGUCAAAAGGCACAUUGGUGCAUGUGUGUUUGCUAGCUCACUUGUCCAUGAAAAUAUUUUAUGAUAUUAAAGAAAAUCUUUUGAAAUGGCUGUUUUUUAAGGAAGAGAAUUUAUGUGGCUUCUCAUUUUUAAAUCCCCUCAGAGGUGUGACUAGUCUCUUUAUCAGCACACACUUAAAAAUUUUUUAAUAUUGUCUAUUAAAAAUAGGACAAACUUGGAGAGUAUGGACAACUUUGAUGUUGCUUGGCACAGAUGGUAUUAAAACAACCACACUCCUGUGACA